AUGGGUAACAACUUCUCCAGUAUCCCCUCUCUGCCCCGAGGAAACCCGAGCCGGGCGCCGCGGGCCCACCCCCAAAACCUCAAAGACUCCACUGGGGGCCCCUUCCCUGUCACCUCUCACCGAUGCCACCACAAGCAGAAGCACUGCCCGCCGGUGCUGCCCGGCGGGGGGCUCCCGGCCACGCCGCUGCUCUUCCACCCCCACACCAAGGGCUCCCAGAUCCUCAUGGACCUCAGCCACAAGGCCGUCAAGAGGCAGGCCAGCUUCUGCAACGCCAUCACCUUCAGUAACCGCCCGGUCCUCAUCUAUGAGCAAGUCAGGCUGAAGAUCACGAAGAAGCAGUGCUGCUGGAGCGGGGCACUGCGGCUGGGCUUCACGAGCAAGGACCCGUCCCGCAUCCACCCCGACUCGCUGCCCAAGUACGCCUGCCCUGACCUGGUGUCCCAGAGCGGCUUCUGGGCCAAGGCGCUGCCUGAGGAGUUUGCCAACGAGGGCAACAUCAUAGCCUUCUGGGUGGACAAGAAGGGCCGUGUCUUCUACCGCAUCAACGACUCGGCCGCCAUGCUCUUCUUCAAUGGGGUCCGCACGGCCGACCCGCUCUGGGCCCUGGUGGACGUCUAUGGCCUCACUCGAGGUGUCCAGCUGCUGGACAGCGAGCUGGUGCUCCCAGACUGCCUGCGCCCGCGCUCCUUCACCGCCCUCAGGCGGCCGUCGCUGCGGCGCGAGGCCGACGAAGCGCGCCUCUCCGUGAGCUUGUGUGACCUCAACGUGCCGGGCUCUGACGGCGACGAGGGCACGCCAGCUGCCGGGUGCCCCAUCCCGCAGAACUCGCUCAACUCGCAGCACAGCCGCGCGCUGCCCCCGCAGCUCGACGGCGACCUGCGCUUCCACGCGCUGCGCGCCGGCGCGCACGUCCGCAUCCUGGACGAGCAGACGGUGGCGCGCCUGGAGCACGGGCGCGACGAGCGCGCACUCGUCUUCACCAGCCGCCCGGUGCGUGUGGCUGAGACUAUCUUCGUCAAGGUCACGCGCGCGAGCGGCGCGCGGCCUGGCGCGCUGUCCUUAGGUGUCACCACGUGCGACCCCGGCACGCUGAGGCCGGCCGACCUGCCCUUCAGCCCCGAGGCCCUGGUGGACCGCAAGGAGUUCUGGGCCGUGUGCCGCGUGCCCGGGCCCCUGCACAGCGGCGACAUCCUCGGCCUCGUGGUCAACGCCGACGGCGAGCUGCACCUCAGCCACAACGGCGCCGCGGCGGGCAUGCAGCUGUGUGUGGACGCCUCACAGCCGCUCUGGAUGUUCUUCGGCCUGCACGGGUCCAUCACACAGAUCCGCAUCCUUGGCUCCACCAUCCUGGCAGAGCGGGGCAUCCCAUCACUCCCCUGCUCCCCCGCCUCCACACCAACCUCCCCCAGCACCCCGGGCAUCCGCCUCUCUGACCCCUCACUCGGCACCUACAGCUCUGGCCCUCUGGGGAGCUCUGCUGGAGGGACAGCCCCCAACUCACCAGUGAGUCUGCCCGAAUCACCAGUGAGCCCAGGCGGGGGCCCGUGGAGCGAUGAGUGCACCAUUUGCUAUGAGCACGCAGUGGACACGGUCAUCUACACGUGUGGCCAUAUGUGCCUGUGCUAUGCCUGUGGCCUGCGCCUCAAGAAGGCUCUGCACGCCUGCUGCCCCAUCUGCCGCCGGCCCAUCAAGGACAUCAUCAAGACCUACCGCAGCUCCUAG